AUGUCUUCGGAACAACCGCUGAGAUAUUGGCCUGACCCACCGUUUGGGAAUGGUGACGGAGGCACACUCAUCCAUGAACGCCCGAAUACCCUAACAUCUAUCUCUCUCUCUCUCUCUCUCUCUCUCUCUCUCUAUCUAUCUAUCUAUCUAUCUAUCUCUCUCUCUCUCUCUAUAUAUAUAUAUAUGAGUCUAAUACAACUUUCGUCAUCCCUAAUCCCUCUCUCUCUCUCUCUCUCUCUCUCUCUCUCUCUCUCAGUAUAUUACUUUAUGUAUCUGUCUAUCGUUAUCUGUCAGUAUAUUUCAUUCUCUCUAUCUAUAUAUCUAGUUACCUCGCUUUAUCAUCAUAUCUUUCAUUCUCUCUCUCCCUCUCCCUCUCUCUCCCCCUCUCUACCUCCCACUCCCUCUCUACCUCCCACUCCCUCUCUCUCUCCCACUCCCUCUCUCUCUCUUUCUAUUAUCUAUAUCUCAGUAUUUUCCUUUAUUUAUCUACCGUUAUCUCUCUCUCUCUCUCAAUCUCUCUCUGUCUCUGUCUGUCUCUGUCUCUGUCUUCUUUCUUUCGCCGUCUCUUUCAUUCUCUCUCUCUUUCAGUCUUUUUUUUAUCGCAACUGUUUUCAUUCUAUCUAUCUAUCUAUCUAUCUAUCUAUCUAUCUAUCUAUCUAUCUAUCUAUCACUCCUAUUCUUUUUUCGGAGUUGCUUCAAUCUGUCACUCACUCUCUCUCUCUCUCUCGCAGUCUCUCUCAGUCUUUCUUUCUGAGUUGCUUUGAUGAAAUCUCUCUCUCUCUCUCUCUCUCUCUCUCUCUCUCUCUCUCUCUCUAUCUAUCUAUCUAUCUAUCUAUCUCAGUUUUUCCCUCUCUGGAUCUUUCAUUCUUGUUUCGGAUCUGCUUACAGAACCAUUCUUUCACGCUAGCCAUCCCUCUCUCUCUCUCUCUCUCUCUCUCUCUCUCUCUCUCAUCUAUUAUUUUCCCCUCGUUCCAAGGAAAACUUUCCCAUUUCUAUUUAUAA